AUGCCCCAUCCCGGACCGGCACUCACGGCCGAGGAGCAACGCGUCCAAGCUUACAUCGACGGGGUGGCGAACAAGGGCUUUGACUUACUCUGCACGGGGGGGCACCAUCACAAGGGCAUCCCCCCGCGCAAAGCUGAAGAGAUCUUCCUCGGCGUACCGUCCAACGACUCGUGCGCCGCCGCUUCAGAGCGGUAUACGGCCCACGCGCAUCCGGGCGGCAGCGGGUGGGACUUUGUGACGGCGCAGAUGGUCAAGGGCGACUGGGAGCGCGAGCUGGGGCUCACGGCGAGCUGGUACGACGAGAACGUGUUCGACGCGGGGUCGGCCGAGAGCCAGUCGCGCGUGCGCGACAGCCACAAGGCCAAGGAUCCGUACGUGUGGAUCGACACGUAUUAUCCCGUCAUGAACACGCCCGUCCAUGCCGCAGUCACACUCCUCUCCGACCCCCCGGUGCACGCCAAGCUCCGGGAAGCAAAGCUCGAGGGCGACCCGGGAUCCGAGCUGGCGGACGAAGUGCGCGUCUUCCAUGGCCUCUCUGUCUCUGGCGAUGUCACAGCCCAGUUCAUAUACGCCGGCUACGGGCGCAAGGAGGACUUUGACCUGCUCCAGUCCCGCGGUGUCGACUUCACGGGCAAGAUCGCCGUGGUGAAAUACGGCGGCAACUUCCGCGGGCUGAAGGUCAAAGCUGCACAAGAAGCCGGCGCGGUCGGUUGCAUCAUCUUCACGGAUCCGGGCGACGACGGGGAGAUGACAGAGUGGAACGGACACCGGCAGUAUCCCGCCGGGCCUGCGCGUGUCCAAUCGAGCGUGCAGCGCGGCUCGGUGCAGUUCCUCUCCAAGUAUCCCGGCGACCCCACGACGCCAGGCAAGCCGGCAUACAAAAACGCGACGCGGGACGCGGGUGGCAACUUUCCCUCGAUCCCCUCCUUGCCCAUGUCAUACGAAGACGUGAUCCCCAUCCUGCACGCGCUGAAAGGACACGGCAUCCCCGCCUCAGACCUCGGCGCCGCAUUCGGCGGCGGCCUGACCCACUGGGGCGUGGAGUACUGGACAGGCCCGUCGAGCACGCCGCUGCGCCUCGUAAACGAGGUCAACCGCCGCGUCAUGCCCGUAUGGAACACGAUGGCCUACAUCCCGGGCCACGUCCGCGACGAAGUCGUGCUCAUGGGCAACCACCGGGACGCGUGGGUCCUGGGCGGCGCCGACCCGAACUCGGGCACGGCGUCGCAGCUCGACAUGGUGCGCGGGCUCGGCACGCUGCUGCGCAAGGGAUGGCGGCCGAUGCGGAGCAUCGUCCUCGCGUCGUGGGAUGCGGAGGAGUACGGGCUCAUCGGGAGCACCGAGUGGGCCGAGGACUUUGGCGACUGGCUGCAGGCCAACGCGGUCGCGUAUCUCAACUUUGACUCGUCCGCGUCGGGCAGCAACUUCGGGGGCGCGGCGUCGCCGUCGCUCGCGCUCCUGCUCCGCGGCGCCGCGGAGCAGAUCACCACCCCGGACGGGCGCAGCGUGUGGGCUGCGCGCGCCGACGGCGGCGUCUGGGACGCCGCCUCCGUCCACGCCGAGGCGGACGAGAACGAAGAGAAAGGCAGCGGCAUCCGCCCCCUCGGCUCGGGCUCAGACUACACCGCGUUCCUGCAGCGCUACGGCGUCGCCGCGACCGACUUCAGCUUCAAGGGCGGGCCCAAGGAUCCCGUGUACCACUACCACAGCGUGUACGACUCGCACACGUGGAUGCGCAAGUUCGGGGACCCGGAGUUCGCGCGGCACGCGCAAGGCGCGCAGAUCAUCGGGCUCGUGCUCCUCCGUCUGGCCGACGCGCUCAUCCUCCCCCUCAACACGACGCAGUACGCCCGCGACCUCGAGUAUUACAAGGAGCGGGUGGCGGGCCUUGGCGGCGGCGUAGACCUUGCGCCGCUCGGCGCCGCCAUUGGGGAGCUGCAGCGCGCGAGCGCGCGCCUCGAUGCGCAUCGCGAGAAGCUGCUCCAGCGCCUCAAGAAGGCGCUGCCGAAGACGUGGUGCUGGGGCAAGAGAGAUGAGGUGCGCAAGAUCUUGCGCGAGAUUCGCGCGGUUAAUCUCAAACUGCGCGAUUUCGAGAAGGGUUUCAUCUCGGAGGAGGGGAUUGUGGACCGCGAGUGGUAUAAGCACAAGGGGACGGCGCCGGGGAAAUGGCUGGGAUAUGGCGCGACGACGUUCCCCGCACUUACGGAGGCCAUCACGAUCGAAAAGGACGAGGAGCUCGCGCGCAAAGAGGCGCAGGAGCUUACCGACAUGAUCUCAAGUAUGGCCAAGCGGCUGGAUAAGUAGGACGAUGCGGUGUAGCGCCCGUGGCGGAGUGAAGACGGCGAGGGAAGUCCCAGGGUCUCUGGACUGCAGCGGAGACAAGCCAGCUGCCAACGAUGAGCAAAUGUAGCAACGUGCAAUAUAUGCGUCAGCCACUACACAACCUCACGCCCCUACUCCACUCCCAGAUGACAAAGAUGCAACCCAAUAACAGACGGUGGAU